AGUUCUAUAUUUAUAACAAAAAUUUUGUAUCUAAAAUUUAUACAUAUACAUGCAAGCUGUAAUACAUAUAAUUAAAUGAUAAUAUCUUAUAUAUGCUGUUAUUGUACAUCUUUUUAAAUUUUAAGAAAUCACAUGUGUUGUAAUAGAGAAUUUUCAUACAAUGUCAUAUGCACAUAACAACACAAAAAUGACAGAAAUAGAGGUUACUGUCUAUUGGUGCCGGUUGAAUCUUAGGUUAAAUAAAAAGGCUUCUCAAUGAAUUUAUUUUGGUGCAUAAAGUAUUUAUAAAAAUGGACAAUAAUAUUGGAUAUAACCAAGAUCAGAAUGAAAUAGAUGAUAAUGAAAUCUUUGCUGAUAUCCCAUCAGUAACGUGGAUCAAUGAUGAUGAUGAUGAACUCGAAUUUGAUCCUGAUGAUAUCAACAAUUUCUUCCAUAGAGUUGAUUCAGAUCAAAUAAUUUAUACUGAGAAAAGACGAAAAUUCAAAUUUAUUGGUGAAAAAUAUGUUAUGGGUGAUUUAUUAGGAGAAGGAAGUUAUGGUAAAGUGAAGGAAGUUCUUGAUUCAGAGACACUCUUUAGACGAGCUGUUAAAAUAUUGAAAAGAAAAAAACUCCGGAGAAUACCUAAUGGUGAACAAAAUGUACAAAGAGAAAUACAAUUGUUAAGACGAUUAAAGCACAAAAAUGUUAUUGAACUAAUAGAUGUAUUGUACAAUGAUGAGAAAGAAAAAAUGUAUUUAGUCAUGGAGUUUUGUAUUUGUGGGCUUCAGGAUAUGUUGGAAAGUUCAUUUAAUAAGAAAUUUCCCAUAUGGCAAGCACAUGGAUAUUUUACUCAACUUCUUGAUGGAUUGGAGUAUCUUCAUAGCAGAAGAAUAAUACAUAAAGAUAUAAAACCUGGAAAUUUAUUACUUACUCUUGAUGAAACUUUAAAGAUUACUGAUUUUGGUGUUGCAGAGGCAUUUGAUAUCUUUGCUAAAGAUGAUACCUGUACAAUUGGACAAGGUACACCAGCUUUUCAACCUCCGGAAAUAGCAAAUGGCUGUGAAUCAUUUGCAGGCUUCAAAGUAGAUAUCUGGAGUAGUGGAGUAACUUUAUAUAAUAUAACUACGGGAAUUUACCCAUUUGAAGGUGAUAAUAUUUAUAAAUUAUACGAAAAUAUUGGAAAAGGAUAUUAUACAAUACCUGAAGAAGUAGAAGAUGAUUUAUCAUCAUUACUGCAAGGAAUGUUGCAAAAAGAGCCUGAAAAACGAUUUACUUUGCAAGAAGUGAAACAUCAUACAUGGACUAUCUUCCAACCAAAACGAACAAUGGAUAAGGUAGCAAUUCCUCCUCUCAAAGGUGCUAAGGAUCAUAAAAUGACUGUACUGCCAUAUUUGAUGGAUUAUUAUUAUGGGAUUGAUGAAGAACCAAUUUAUUAUACAGCAAGGCAACUUAGCGAAGAGAGACGACUUGCUGAGUAUGAUCAAAACAACGGAGAUCAAAAGAGCUUAUCAGGCAACAGUAAUCCAACUAAAUCAUCGGGCAAUAUUAAACGUCGUUGGCGUAAAUCGAUCUCGAGUAUUAAUGUUAAAAAAUUAACAUCUUGUAAACCUUCAUGAUUUAGUACAUUUCAAUUUACUUUAUUUAUUCAUUAUCAAUUCAUUUUUGUGUUUAAAUAGUGCUGAAUAUCUUGAAGGAUAUAAAUAACUAAUUAAAUACUGCCAUGUAUCAAGUUUAUAUUAUAAGAAAAAUUAUCAAUUUGUACUUUAGAGUAUUUAUUCUCAAUUUUUGUGAUAUUAAUAUUAAAUAGUUUCAAUAAGUAUAUAAACGAAAAUGUCAGGU